AUGUUUUCAUGAGAAAAUGUGAAGUUAGAAUUCUUUCAAUUUUCAUACAUUUUACACAAUCGUAGUCACAAUGAAGCGCUAUAGAUAAUGUAUCAUACAAAGAUGUCAUAUGAUCCAUCCAAAGGAGUAUGACUAAGUAUUUCAUUCUACAUGAAGCAAGAAAUAAUGCUGAAACUAAAAAGAUGAAUCAAUGAUGGGGUAUGGUUAGCAAACAAGGAUGGACAUUACCAGAAACAUUGCAAGAUUUUCUUGGUCUUCUUGCAUAAUGAACAAGAAAACAUGGAUAGUUAUUCUUCUAUUUGUUCACAUAUUAUUAUGUGACUGCAAUGCAAGUCAGCCCAAGAUUAAAGUGAACUCAAGGCAGUCAUGCAUGAAUGGAACAAACACUGGACAGCAAAGAGUGCAGGUGGAAUUCUCAAGCCAGAUUGUAGAAAAUGAGUUUAUAGUCGCCUUCAAGGGUUACUAUAGUAACUCAGCAAGAGCUGGGUUUAUAUCUGCUGCUUUACGCGAAGCUGGAGUUACAUCCUGGCACUUGCUUCCCCGUCACAAUCCGGCCACAGACUACCCAAGUGAUUUUGAACUAAUAAAGAUUGGGUCACACAUUGCAGAUGGCAUAGAUGCAUUGGAGAACCAUUUCAAUAUAAGACAAGUCACACCACAGAAACUGGUUACUCGCACAUUAAAAUAUAUCAAUGAAACAGAUGAAGAUAGAGCAGAAGGGAAUGAAGUUGAUAAAGAAGACUUGCAAUCUCAUAAGGGACCACCUUGCAAUGAAUCAGACAAAGCAGACCCAUGUUGGACACAGAAAUACCACUCUUCCAGACCGAGGACACAUAGGGGGCCUUCCUCUCUUGCUGGUGCAUUUUGGUUCUCUGAAGUACGUCACAAAAAUCGUAAAUUGUUGCGAGCAAUCCCCAGGCAGAUCACGACUGCCCUCCAAGCAGAGGUUCUAUGGGGGAUGGGCUAUACAGGGGCAGGAAUCAAGGUAGCUAUAUUUGACACUGGACUGUCAGUAGACCAUCCUCAUUUCAAGAGUGGGCGUGUCAAAGACCGAACCAACUGGACCAAUGAGAAAACAUUGGAUGAUGGAUUGGGCCAUGGAACAUUUGUAGCAGGUGUGAUUUCUAGUCAUAGGGAAUGUAUGGGCUUUGCACCAGAUGCUGACCUCUAUAUCUUCAGAGUCUUCACUAAUAAUCAGGUUUCCUAUACAUCCUGGUUCCUAGACGCUUUCAAUUAUGCAAUACUGAAGAAAAUCAACGUCCUCAACCUGAGUAUCGGUGGGCCAGAUUUUAUGGACCAUCCCUUUGUUGAUAAAGUCUGGGAGCUGACAGCCAACAAAGUAAUUAUGGUAUCAGCCAUAGGGAAUGAUGGACCAUUGUAUGGGACACUGAACAACCCAGCAGAUCAAAUGGAUGUCAUUGGGGUAGGAGGCAUUAACUUUGAGCACCAGAUUGCCAGGUUCUCGUCCAGAGGAAUGACUACGUGGGAGCUACCAGGAGGCUAUGGGAGAGUGAAGCCUGAUAUUGUAACAUAUGGGUCAGCUGUAAGAGGAUCUGCUAUCAAGGGUGGCUGCAGGUCUCUAUCAGGCACCAGUGUAGCAAGCCCAGUUGUAGCAGGAGCUGUCAGCCUCCUUGCAAGUGCCGUAAUCAACCGAGCCAAUGUAAUAAAUCCUGCAAGUAUGAAGCAGGCUUUAAUGGCCUCUGCGCGGAGGCUGCCAGGAGUGAACAUGUUUGAACAAGGUCAUGGUCGUCUGGAUCUUGUGAAGGCAUAUCAGAUUCUUCGUAGUUAUAAACCACAAGCGAGCCUAAGCCCUAGUUAUAUAGACCUGACUGAAUGCCCCUAUAUGUGGCCAUAUUGCUCACAACCUAUUUACUAUGGCAUGAUUCCUGCCAUAGUCAAUAUUACAAUACUUAAUGGAAUGGGAGUAACGGGGAAGAUUGUAGACAAACCAUUGUGGCAACCAUUUACACCUCAGUAUGGUAACCACAUAGAGAUAGCCUUCUCCUACUCUAAUACCCUGUGGCCGUGGUCCGGUUACCUUGCAGUCGCCAUCAGUGUGUCAAAAUCUGCUGCAUCAUGGGAAGGGAUAGCUCAAGGUCAGGUGACCCUGACAAUCGAAUCACCAGCAGAGGAUGGUGAGGAUACUCCACGUACCUCCAUAGUGAAGCUGCCAGUGAAGGUUAAAGUGAUCCCCACCCCACCACGUGGUAAAAGAGUCCUGUGGGACCAGUAUCACAAUCUCCGAUAUCCACCUGGCUAUUUUCCAAGAGACAAUCUGCGCAUGAAGAAUGAUCCUCUUGAUUGGAAUGGGGAUCACAUUCAUACCAACUUCAAAGACAUGUAUCAACAUUUACGCACAAGUGGGUACUUUGUCGAAGUCCUCGGUUCUCCAUUCACCUGCUUUGAUGCUAAACAAUACGGCACAUUGCUUGUUGUGGAUUCAGAAGAAGAAUUUUUCCCAGAAGAAAUCGUUAAAUUAAAACGAGACAUAGCUAAUGGAUUAUCAGUAGUAGUGUUUGCUGAUUGGUAUAAUGUCUCCGUUAUGAGGAAGGUGAAGUUUUAUGAUGAGAAUACGCGUCAAUGGUGGAUGCCCGACACAGGAGGUGCCAAUAUCCCAGCAUUAAAUGACCUCCUGGCUCCUCUUGGGAUGGCAUUUAGUGACCAAGUGUAUGAAGGAGACUUCACAUUUGGCGAUCAUGAAAUGUACUAUGCAUCUGGGACAAGUAUUGCAAGGUUCCCGACAGAUGGUCUGCUGAUUACAGAAUCUCUUAAAAAUCAAGGGUAUGAAGUUAUGAAAGGGGAGAGUGUUACUGUGGAUUCUGUGCCCAUAUUAGGACUGCAUGAGCCAGGGAAGGGCAGCGGAAGAGUUGUCUUGUAUGGGGACUCAAAUUGCCUAGAUAACAGCCAUUUGCAGAAAGAGUGUUUCUGGUUGCUGGAUGCCUUGUUAGAGUAUUCAUCCCAUGGUAAUGUCCCACCCAUAUUCACAGAGCGUAAAAGUUCCUUGACAUUCACAAGCACAGAACUACCUGAACGUAUGGAAGGUAACCACUUGUACAGAUACUCCAAGGUGUUGGAGAGCCAUCUAGGCACGCCCCAGUCCCGUCCUCUUCCUGCGUGCCCCCAUCUCUCAUUCUCUCAGCCCAGCCCACUCAACAUAUCAGCCCCUACGGAUUCUAAGUUGGAAUUUUAAAUCUAUACAAGCACAAUAAGCUACUCUCUAUAGGAUUAGAGCCACCGCUUCCAUUCAUAAACAAUCCAGGGGUCGAUGGAGCAUUACCGGGUAUCCGUGAUGCCCCUGGAAGCCUAAACUGGGACCUAGGGCCUGGCGCAAACAUGCAUAGCUCUGAAAACACUAACGUCUUCCCAGUUAUAGCAUUCCUAGGAACUGCAUUAGUUCUAGUAUUUUUAGUGAACCAUAUGUACAAAAGUAAAAGUAAACCAAGACGGAAAAAGCCGAGGAUUAAGAAAAUUCAUCAUGCACUGUAUGGAUCUCCGUCACGAGUACCUGGGGUUUAAACUACACAAAUGUGAAUAUAGUCUGAUGUUUUCAACAUGAAAUGUACCAGAAAAUACAGGAAUUAGAGAGGACUUAAGUGUAUAGACACUCAUAAUUGUUUGAAACAUAUACAGUAAAACCUGCAAUUUCUGUAAGGAACACCACUCGACAUGGAACAGUUUUCACCCAAAACAUCCUAGUCAUAUUGACUUACGUGUACAUGUUCAUCAACACCCGUAAUGCCUGCGUCAAAUUUGCGCUGAUUCACCAUGUGGCGCCUGGCUGGUUGAGUAUUUUUUCAAAACUGAAUGGAAUUUUAAACCAAAUACUCAGUUGGUCGGGCGCUGGUCGAUGAAUCGAAGCAAGUGUGACUCAGGCAUAAGUAGAUGGUGAUAGAACACCUGUCUGCAAGGAACAAUUUAGGCCAGUAUGAAAGUUGUUCUAUAUACACAGGUUUUACUGUAUA